AAAUUUUUUCCUAAACGCACUUUUCUGUUCAUGCAAUGCAUAAAAUUGUUUUUGGGAAACACAAUUUCUCUUUGCUCAUUGGUGGCCCUAACGCGAGCGAAGUCAGAAGCGAGAAGCGCAACAGAUAGCAAUGGCUGGUGGUUGAGAAAGAGAGAUGUUCUCAGAGAUAAUAAUCCUUCUCUCUUCCUCAAAAACGAAUGAAAAUUUCGACCUUCUUUUUCUUCAAGAUCAAUAAUGGCUUCGAUGCGGGCUGUCCAAUUCCAUCCGGUUUCUUUCUCGCAUCGGGUUUCUUCGAAUGCGCUGGAGCUCAGGCCGGGAUUAGGGUUGUGUUAUGCUCGCCUGAACUGGUAUCAUCCGAAAAUAACACAUCGGAGUUUCACAUUAAGAGCGAGUAGCAGUGCUGUGAGUUCUGAUGACGUCGACAAUCGUGUUCAUAAAGAGCUUUCCAAUAACAAUAUUGGUACCGUUGGAUCUAAUUCUGAAAACCCAGUUCACAGAAUGCAAGAAGCCGUUAGCUCUCUUCCUCCUGUUAUUUUUGUGAUGAGAAGACAUGGUGGGACUAAUCUUGUAACUGGAUUAUGUAUUGCGACAAUAGUUUUAUUUAUCACCAUUAGAGUGUAUGUGAGAAGGAGGUCAAGGUACAGCCGUCCGGGUUCUGUAGCUGAUCUUGUCCGACGUGGGCAGCUGAGAUCUGAUAGAAGAGGCAUCUCAAAGCCUCUUAAGUAUGAAGAUCCAUUCAAUAACCCGAUGGUGAAGGUUCAUAAGAGCAAUUCAACUGUAGAGAUGUGCGGGAAGGUUUAUCGCUUAGCUCCGGUGACUCUUACCAAAGAGGAGCAAGCUAUACAUCAAAAGAGGAGAUCACGGGCAUACCAGUGGAAGCGACCUACGGUAUUUCUUAAAGAAGGGGAUUCAAUACCCCCUGAUGUUGACCCUGAUACGGUUAGGUGGAUUCCAGCAAAUCAUCCUUUCGCAACCAUUGCAAGUGAACUUGAUGAAGACCUGGCACAGAACAAUGUGUAUCAAAAGCACGGUGUUCCAUUUCGCAUUCAAGCUGAGCAUGAGGCAUUGCAGAAAAAGCUAGAAGCACUGCAAAAUGAUCAAAAACUGAAUAAUGUAUUUAUCGAUCCUGCCAAUGCCAAAGAUUUUGAGAGACCAUUUAAGUCACAGCCGAAGUCACGAGGGCAGGUAGAACAAGGUUCCUCUAAUAGUCACAUGGGUAACUGCGUGCCUCCUGAAUCCGAUUGUUCUGCCAAUUCUGUGGGAAGCAACCCAUCCUCUGAGGAUAUGCAGAAACCCUGAGCUACAUUUGGGUUGAAGCAAUUUUCUCGCGAUCCCAAAGAUUGAUUGUUUUGGCUGCAGGCACUAGAAUUCUGGAUCUUGAGUUUUACUGUGACAACAAUUCGUCUGAAUCGAUUGCAGGUUAUUCAAACGAUCCUGUGGUUAAAUAUAUACUCUGUUUAAAAUAGAAAAAACUGUAAUGUAAAUAGAAUGUUUAUGUUGCUUUCUGUCUAUUUCUUUCUGCAAAUGGAAAUUAAUUUCUGUGGCUA